CUGGGGAAAUUUCACUCACUCAGAUGGAUGCCCACUUGCCCACCAUCUCUAACAAAAAAUGAGUUAAUGGGUCGUAGAAAUAGAAUAUAAAAACUUUUGACCCAUCUUCUCACUCUUAUUGCAAGAAGCUUUAUUGAGUUUUUUUCAGUCACACUUGCAAAUUUUCCUAAAUCUCUAACCUCACUAUUCAAGCUCUUCCAUUUCUUUUAUGGCUCUUCUUCCAUCAUCUUCUUCUUCUUCUUCUUCUUCUUCCAAAGGAGGGAAAUACGAUGUAUUUCUUAGUUUCAGAGGCGAGGACACCCGCAAAAGAUUUACAGAUCAUCUAUAUACAGCUUUGAAACAAAAAGGCAUAUCCACUUUCAAGGACGAUGAAAAACUUAAGCAAGGAACAUCAAUUGCCCCAGAACUCUUGAAAGCAAUAGAAGAAUCAAGGUUUGCUGUUAUUAUUUUAUCAAGAGACUACGCUUCUUCAAAGUGGUGCUUGAUUGAACUAACAAAGAUCAUUGAGUGCAUGGAAAAGACUGGAUUGGUAGUUCUACCUGUCUUUCACUAUGUAGAUCCUAGUGAUGUGCGGAAUCAUAGGGGGACUUUUGCUGAAGCCUUUGAUAGACAUGAAGAGAGUUUCAAGGAUAACAUGGGAAAUGUAGAGACGUGGAAAGCUGCUCUAACAAAAGUUGCCAAUCUUUCUGGAUGGGAUUUAAAGGAUAAGUAUGAGUCAGAAGUUAUCCAAGAAAUCAUUGGAAGGAUAUGCACUGAGUUAGAUCAUAAAUUCUCAGGUGUUUAUGAGGCCCUUGUUGGAAUGGACUCACGUGUGGAGGAAAUGUUGGGUUCAUACUUAGGUGAAGGGUUGGGUGAUGUUCGCUUUGUUGGGAUAUGCGGAAUGGGUGGAAUGGGCAAAACAACUCUUGCACGAGAAAUUUAUAAAAGAAUUUCAAGAAAGUUUGAAGCUAGUAGCUUUAUUGCAAAUGUUAGAGAAAAAACUAAAAAUCAAGGCCUAGUUUUUUUACAAAAACAACUUCUUUCUAAGAUCCUCAUGGAAAGGGAAAUAAAUAUAUGGGAUGUUUAUGAGGGAAUCGAUGUUAUAAGGUGUAGAUUACGUAAUAAAAAGGUUUUUAUUGUUCUUGAUGAUGUGGAUGAAGAAAAACAAUUUGAAGCAUUAGCAGGGAAACAUGAUUGGUUUGGUGCGGGGAGUAGAAUCAUUGUAACAAGCAGAGAUCACCAUUUAUUGAUAAGAUGGGGUGUGAAUGAUAUAUAUAUAGCCAAGGAGUUGAGUUACAAUGAUGCUUUGAAGCUUUUUAGUUUGAAAGCUUUUCAUAAACCUCAUCCUGAAGAGAAUUAUGUAGAUUUGUCUAAGGACUUUGUGAACUAUGCUCAAGGCCUUCCUUUAGCUCUUAAAGUUUUAGGUUCUUCGUUGUUUGCUAAAAGAACGAAUGAAUGGAAAAGUGCCCUAGAUAAACUAAAAGAAGAACCUGAUAGAGACAUCUUGGAUAUACUUCAAAUAAGUUUUAAUGGGCUUACAGAUUCGCAAAAAGGAUUGUUUCUAGAUAUUGCAUGUUUUUUCAAAGGAGAAAAAAAGGAUUGCAUAAGUGAUAUACUGGAAAGUUUUGGUUAUUAUCCAGACUACAAUAUUGGUGUUCUUAAGGACAAAUCUCUCAUAACCAUUGGUAACUACGGAAUUUUGUGGAUGCAUGAUUUGCUGCAAGAUAUGGGUCAAAAAAUCGUUCGUCGCAAAUCCAAAGAGCCUGGUGAACAUAGUAGGUUGUGGAUUUAUGAGGAUGUCAUUCAUGUAUUGAAAAAUAAUACUGGAACCGAGGCAAUUGAAGGCAUAAUGCUAGGAGAUCCUAUUCAAAAAAUGGAACACUUGCAUGCUGAAGCCUUCUCAAAGAUGAAAAAUUUGAGAUUUCUCAAAAUUGGUAAUGAGAAAUUUCCACAAGACUUCAUAAAUGGUACUAUGCAACUUCCAAAAAGUCUUAAUUAUCUUUCUGGCAAGUUACGCAUUAUGGAAUGGCAUGGAUAUCCUUUUAAAUCCAUGCCAACUAGGUUUGAACCAAACAAACUUGUUGAACUUAGAAUGCGCUGCAGCCGCAUCAAACACCUAUGGAAAGGAAUUAUGAAUUUAGAUGAGUUAAGACUCAUUGACCUAAGUGACUCCCAAAACUUGAUUGAGAUGCCGAACCUUAGUAGAGCCACAAAGCUUAAGCAGUUGAUUCUUCAACGUUGUAUAAGACUAUCUAAGAUUCAUGCAUCUAUUGGAAAUCUCAAAUGUCUUAUUCGAUUGGAUCUGAAUGGUUGCAAGUGCCUUGAGAGCCUUCCAGAGAAUUUGGGGAAUAUGGAAGGUCUUGAGGAGCUAUAUUUGAGUGAAAUCGCUAUAACAGAAUUACCUUCUUCGAUUGUUCUCUUGGGAAAUCUCAAAGUACUAUCUCUUCGUGGAUGUAAAGGCUUAUCAUCUACAUCAUCAUCAUCAAAUAAACUCAUCAGUUUUCCUUUAAUGAAGAAAAGAAGAGUAGACUCCACGGGCAUGUUAGAGCGUUCUCUUUCUAAUUUAUGGUCUUUGACCAAAUUGAAUCUAAGUUAUUGCAAUCUUCAGGCAAUCCCUGAUGGUCUUGGUUGUUUGUCCUCUUUAACAGAAUUAGAUCUUAGGGGAAAUAAUUUUGUUUGCCUUCCUGAGAGUACCGCUCGACUAUCUAAUAUGAAGGUUCUUUUUCUGAAUGGUUGCACACAUCUUCGAUUUUUGCCAAAGCUUCCAUUUGAUGUUAGGCUUAUUUAUGCAGAGGGUUGUACCUCACUGAAAAUAUUACCAUUAAGACCUGAAGAAGGUCCUCGUCCGUUCCUCUUUCUUCUCAAUUGUGGUAAAUUUUUUAGCAAUGAAGACAACGGUGACGUGUUAUUAAAAUCGCCAAGACAUCACACUCAAUUUAAGGAAGAUGAAGACAUUUAUCGUAUUAUAAUUCCUAGAAGAGAAAUUCCGAAAUGGUUUAGGCAUCAAAGUGUGGGGACUUCAGUGAAUUUGCAAGUGCCUUCUUUAGAUAAAUUAUGGUCUUUGACCGAAUUGAAUCUAAGUUAUUGCAAUCUUCAAGCAAUCCCUGAUGGUCUUGGUUGUUUGUCCUCUUUAACAGAUUUAGAUCUUAGGGGAAAUUAUUUUGUUUACCUUCCUGAGAGUACCACUCAACUAUCUAAUAUGAAGACUCUUCUUCUGUGUGGUUGCACACAUCUUCGAUCUUUGCCAGAGCUUCCAUUAAAUAUUGAGGCUAUUGAUGCAGAUGGUUGUACCUCAUUGGAAAUAUUACCAUUAAAACCUAAAGAUGGUCCUUGUCUGAUACUCUGUCUUCUCAAUUGUGUUAAAUUGAUUAACGAUGAAGACUACGGUGACAUGUUAUUAACAAAGCUAAGACAUCACAUUCAAUUUAAGGAAGAUGAACCCAAUUAUGAUAUUAUGAUUCCUGGAAGAGAAAUUUCGAAAUGGUUUAGCCAUCAAAGUGUGGGGACUUCAGUGAGUUUGCAAGUGCCUUCAGAUAAAUUGAAAGGAGUUGUUGUGUGUGCACUUUUUGUACUCCGCCAACAUCAUCCACUUCACGAACUUCCUUCAGAUAAUGGUUAUAUAUUUACGCAUGGGCUUCGGUGGUACUUGAAAGCCAACGGAUAUGAAAGCCCCUCGAUACCUAGCUUUCAAUUUUCAGAACAAUUUGGUAAGAUUGAAUCGUAUCAUCUUUACCUGCAUUACUAUCCCUAUAAAUCAUUCAGUCAGAAAUUGAAAGAAAAUUGGAGUCAAGUAGAUGCUAAUGGAUUGGGUCAAAUUGAGAUUGGAUUUGAAACCGAUGGUCCAGGAUUAGAGGUUACAAAAUGCGGGGCCCGUUGGGUAUACGAGCAAGACAUUGAAGAUCUGAACCAAACCAUGCGUGGGUGCAGCAGCGGCAGCAGCUGUAGCAUCACUCCUUAUGAGGAUGAUUUGGAAGGUUCAGCAAAAGGUACCAAAACUGAGUGAAAGCCAUGAUGAGUAUGAUGGGGAUGAGAAUGGAACCAGUGGAGAAGGUACCUCUAAUCUAAUUGAAAGAUUCAUUCCACGUUGGGGAAAUUGGAUUGGGAAUUUAAGCACACAAGGACAAUAUAACUCUGAUUGAGAGGAAGAGAAAUCCCAGUGAAAGUGGUGGCUUUGAUGAAUUUGUACAGCUGAUAAUCUUUUUCCUCUAAUUUUUUGUGAAUGGAUGUGGGUGUCCUAUAUAUCAUAUAUAUGGUGUGCAUCGCUUUCAGAUUGGUUGAAUCAAUGCAGUUGCAUUGAAGCUUUUAGUUGCCAGCAUUUGCCCAAGCUUUGCAGGAAAGAAGUGUGGGCUUUGUCUCAUAAGUCAUAAAAACACGAUGAUAUGCAGAGUUCUAGCAAACAGAGGUAAUUCUAUUUGUGAUGAAGAGGAAUCCCAGUGAACCUGGUAGCUUUGAUGAAGUUAUUGGACUUUGUUGGGGAGGAAAAACUCUCAAACUACUAGCAGACAAGAAGAGUGGAACAAAUUGUGUGCUAAUCAUUUUUGUUCAAUUAUGUUGCUGAGACUUCCAGCCCUCCAAGCUCCUUCCAACUGCUUCCAUAUGAAUUGGCAAAGACUCAGACACUCAGUUAAUCUCCUUAAGUGAUCACCAACUGGCUGCUGCAAAUAACAAGUUUCAUUAGGCUAGGCUGCUGGCUGACUGAAUGUACUGCUGAACUAACCUUCCUGCUGGAUUAUUGUUGCUACUGCUGUAAUUGAAAUCAGACCUUUUGAUGCUCCUGCACCAAUGAAAAAGCCAAAGAAACUUUGUUGCAUAUAUAUAUAUAUUAUAACUACAAUUAAUUUCCCAAGCAUCUUUGUGUUUUCUGGUUUGGUGCUCCAUUUUACAGGACAUCAAUUAGUUCUGCUUGCUGUCAUUAUUGAUGUCCAUGUUGUAAAUUAGAAAAUAUUUACAAUGUUAUGCUAAUAUAUCGGCUCUUAAGCUGUCAACUGUUUUUGUUUUUUUUUUGGGGGGGGAGGUGUGCAGAUUGCUGUUGACACUGCCUCUCCUUCAGAUCAUGCUCAUGUCCAUACUGCAUAAGCAAGAGGAGUGAAAAACCAUACGUGAGGCAGGGAAUCCUCUACCUCUAGUCACUAGUAUUACUAACAUUGGAAAAAGGUGAACCAUGAAUCAUUUGUUCAUGGAUGCUAUUGGAUUUGGUCAAAUUGAGAUUGGAUUUGAAACCAAAGGUCCAGGAUUAGAGGUUACAAAAUGCGGGGCCCGUUGGGUAUACGAGCAAGACAUUGAAGAUCUGAACCAAACUAUGCAUGGGUGCAGCAGCAGCAGCUGUAGCAUCACUCCUUAUGAAAAUGAUUUGGAAGAUUCAGCAAAAGAUACCAAAACUGAGUGAAAGCCAUGAUGAGUAUGAUAGGGAUGAGAAUGGAACUAAUGGAGAAGGUACCUCUAAUCUAAUUGAAAGAUUCAUUCCAUGUUUGGGAAAUUGGAUUGGGAAUUUAAGCACACAAGGACAAUGUAACAUUGAUUGAGAGGAAGAGAAAUCCGAGUGAAAGUGGUGGCUUUGAUGAAUCUGUGCAGCUGAAUUUUUUUUUCCCCACACUGGAUACGAAGAAGUUGUUGGACUUUGUAGUUUAUUGGUGAGGAGAAACUGUGGCAUUGUCUGGAUCAAAGAAGAUAUGUGCAACAGAUAGCACACUCACGAUUAUUUUGUGGGGUAAAGACAGAUAGUACACUCUUGUUGCUCUUUUGGUAUUCAAAAGGAAAGCAAAAAAUUAGGGCUGUUUUUCACCAGAGAGGUUGCCUUCCAUGUGUUUGUGUUCUUUUUUUCCUCACUUCAUCAAUCAUUUCAAAGGUGAAUGGAUGUGGCCGUUACAUUGAAGCUGAAAGGUGCAAGUUGUUGCCUAAGCUUGGCAGUGCAGAAGUGUGGGCUUCGUCUCAUAAUAGCAUGAUAAUAUUCAGAGUUCAAGCAAACGGGAGGACUGAAGUUGUAGUAGUUAUUGGUGUUGCUGGCAUGGACUGGACGCACAGAAAGCAUUGUCAUUGAUUAUGAACAAUAUACUUCUUCCCUUGUAAUCAAAUCUGUUGAGAUGGACCAUGAUAAAUUUAGCGUGAUGUAGUUUGUAUUUUUCUUCUGUUUGUUGUCAAAUGCAUGCUAAUUAUGUAAUCACUUGAAAGAGUUGUAUAAUACUAUAAUCUUUCUUGGGACAGAUAUUUCCUACCCUUUACCACAUUGAAGUUCUACAUGGCUGUAAUUAGAAGAAUAGAGUAUUUUAAUGUAAAAUUAAAUUGAAUU